AUGGGCGUUUCCAAGACGGACCAGAUCAUCAUCGUCGGUGGCGGUGCCUUUGGUCUCUCAACUGCGCUGCAACUCGUGAAAAAGGGAUAUUCCAAUAUGAUCAUAUCCCCCCCGCGCUUCUCUGCCGCCAAUGACCUGAACAAGAUCGUGCGGGCAGAGUACGAGGAUCAAUUCUACACAGAUCUGACAAUUAGAGCUAUUCAAGCUUGGAAAACCCCCCUCUUCGCGCCGUACUUCCAUCAAGUCGGUUUUCUGCACUGUGUAUCAGGUGCAGCUCCGCAACAAGCCACCGACACUCUAAACAGAUUCCGUGCAUCUGCCGAGCGAGAUGCGCAAAUCAAGCCGCACGUCGUUUCUUUAGAUAAUGUGGAGGAUGUCCGACAAGCUUGUUGGCAGCUUGAUGGCCCCUUGACUGGCUGGAACGGAUACUUCAAUCGCUUCGACGGCUACGCGCAUUCUGGCGCCGCUCUCGCUGGUGUAUACCGCGCCGCCCAGGCUGCCGGUGUGCGAUUCUUUUUGGGAGAGCAAAAUGGCGCAGUAGAUGAGCUUGUUUACGUUUCCACCGCCACAGCCAAGAAGUGCGCCGGUAUCCGCACAAAGAAUGGCCGUUUCCACCCUGCGUCGUUGGUAAUCGUUGCUGCUGGCGCCGCUGUUGGUCGCCUGGUGCCCCAACUUGGACAAACGGUCGUUGCGAAGUCGUGGUCUGUUGCGCAUGUCCAUCUCACUGAUGAGGAGACGUCUGCUCUUCGCGGAAUCCCCGUUACCUACGCGCGUGAUUUGGGAUUCUUCUUCGAACCGGACCCAAAGACAAACCUGCUGAAGAUGUGUCCUAUGGGUGGUGGUUAUAUCAACACUGAUCCCAAAACUGGGGUCUCGCACUCUCCUGAUACCCUUAAAGAGAGCGCUUUCUUGCCAGAGGAGGAUGAAAAGCAGUUGAGACAACUGCUAAAGCAGACUCUGCCUUCUCUUGCGGACAGGCCUUUCGUCGAGAAAUCUCUUUGCUGGUUCGCUGAUACCAAUGAUUCUGAUUUCAUCGUCGAUUAUAUUCCCAACAUGUCUGAUUCCAUCAUCGUUAUGUCCGGUGACUCGGGUCACGCUUUCAAAAUGUUCCCUAUUGCUGGAACAUUCCUCACGGAUAUGCUCGAGGCACCGGGUAGUCAACAACCUGUUGCCCGGUGGCGCUGGAAGCAGCCACCCUCCAACGAGGGCAAGGGUGACUGGGGCGGCGAUGUGAGCUGGCGUCUUGGAUCAUCGAAGGAGCUAUCAAGUAUUUUGCCAUCAAAGGCCAAGCUAUAG